UCCAAACUGCGCUACCCACUCCAGAUGGCGAUAUGAGUUUUUGAGGUGAUGCUUCUUGUGUGACGUAUAAUCUAGUGGACGGAACUGGAGGCUUCUUCAACAGCGACAAAAGGCUUUCUGAUUCAACCAACGUGGUGGUUUGCUAGCGAACAUUAAACCGAAACAUUGAAGCGUUUAAGACAAAUCUUGUGUAUAUUAUUGUUAGUGUUCUAAGCACAAUUCUAUUUACAUAUCUACUCGUUCACUGAAACGUAGAUUGCUUGUUAAAUUAGCUAAUGUGGUAAAUUGAUACUGCACUAGUCUAAUCGCCCGGAACAUGAGCUCACUAUUCUCGACGGAGAAAGAAGCUCUGGUGAACGGAGAGGAAGAAGCUUUCAGGAUGAAAAGGGAGGAAGAGGAGGCUAUCACAUUGAAAGAAGAAGAGGAUGAUAUUACAGUGAAAGAGGAAUAUGGAAAAGAGGUUGUCAGAGUGGAAGAGGAGGAGGUAGAAGCUUUCAGAAUCAAAAAGGAGGAAGAUGCGGUAAUAUUGAAAGAAGAGGAAGAACCUUUUGGAGUAAAAGAGGAAGAGGCGGCUAUCUCAAUUAAAGAGGAGGAGGAAGACGUUUUGGGAGUGAAAACGGACGAGGCUGAAGAUUCGAUUAAGACCAGAGAGAGACAUGACUUUCGUGGAUCCUCUGGGGAGCCUCAACAACAUCCUGAUGCUGACGAAGCAGAGAAGAGUCUCUCCAGAUCAGAACACCAGAUGGACAACGCUAGCCCUUCCUCUCUCCCGGAGUCCCCGUGUCGUGCCUCUCCCGGUAUUGGCUUACUGUUGGGUAGGAAGAGGUUGUCUGUGCUGCUGGUGGACUGCAGGAAAACAACGGGGCUGAGUGGAACUGUGAGAGGAGGAGAAGAGAAGAAAGGAUCAGAUUUGACUCAUCAAAGAGAAACACCAGACUCAGAGGAACCAGAGCCAGGGAUGUCCAAACCAGCAAGAAGACACCAGUGUUCCCACUGUGGAAAGGGUUGUAACCACUUAAGUGAGCUUAAACGACAUGAGAGAAUACACACAGGGGAGAAGCCUUACCACUGCUCCAAGUGUGGAAGGAGUUUUAGCCAUAAAGGAAACCUGAACCAACAUGAGCGACUUCACACAGAGGAGAAGCCUUAUCACUGCUCCGAGUGUGGAAAGGGUUUUAACGAUUUGGGGAAGCUGAAACGACACGAGAGAAUGCACACAGGGGAGAAUCCUUACCACUGCUCUCAUUGUGGAAAGGGUUUUAACGAUUUGGGGAAGCUGAAACGACAGGAGAGAAUACACACAGGGGAGAAGCCUUACCACUGCUCCCAGUGUGGAAAGUGUUUCAACCAGUCAGGGGCGCUGAAACGGCAUGAGAGAAUGCACACAGGGGAGAAUCCUUACCACUGCUCCCAUUGUGGAAAGGGUUUUAACAAUUUGGGGAAGCUGAAACGACAUGAGAGAAUACGCACAGGGGAGAAUCCUUACCACUGCUCCCAUUGUGGAAAGGGUUUUAACGAUUUAGGGAAGCUGAAACGGCAUGAUAGAAUUCACACAGGGGAGAAGCCUUACCACUGCUCGCAAUGUGGAAAGAUGUUUAACCAGAAAGGACACCUGAAAGCUCAUGAGAACAUUCACACAGGAGAGAAGCCUUACCAAUGCUCCCAGUGUGGAAAGUGUUUCAACUGGGCAGGGGAUCUGAAAAAACACAAAAGAAUACACACAGGGGAGACGCCUUACCACUGCUCCCAGUGUGGAAAGGGUUUUAACGAUUUGAGGAACCUGAAACAGCAUGAGAACAUUCACACAGGGGAGAAGCCUUACCAAUGCUCCUAAGUUUAUGUAAUCUUUGGCUUCAACUGUAAAUACUGUAUACUGUAUCUUUCACUGUCUAUUCUUCACUAUAUAUUGCAUCUUAGCAUCCAACUGGGAACCUAAAUCCAGUGACGGGUGACAUUUUGUGUUGAUUUCAUGUUGAAUUCACUUUAGUUGAGGACUCAAAGAAAUGUAAAUAGAAACUAGAUGUUGAACUGACGUCUGUGCCCAGUGGGCUGGUUUGAAUAAGCGGCAGGUGUUGGAUCAAUAUCCACCUUCGUAGCUAAAUUUCCAUGCAAUUUGCGACAGAUAUUCAUGUGAAUAUUCUCAAAUCUGCAUAAAACAAUAUACGCAUUUUCCCACCGGAAA